AUGUCGGAUAAUCUUUUCCUGUCUGGUGUUCAUAAAAUUGCAUCAAGAAUGACUGAUAGCUUUGGGAACGUCCAAGAGGACGUCGAGGGGACCCACUUUACAAAUGACGGUGACGUCAAAAUGCACCAAAUAGCCAUGGACAUCUACAAUGAGUUCGAAAGUAUUUUGAAUGCAUACGGUGAAAAACCCUUGAGCACACUCGUGCCUUUGGUCGCAAAUCUUUUGGAGAUGCUGAACGAGUUUGGCCUUCAGAAGGAUAAGAUGGCCAAAGAAUUGGAUAUGCUGAAAGAUCAUAACACAAUUCUUCUAUCUAAAUAUGAGACAGCUAAAGUAGAUGCAAAAGUAAUGGAGGAGCACUUAUACACUCUGGAGGACGAAUUACACGAAACAAAAAAGAAUAUGGAGACGCUAAAGCAAGCGAACGCCUCCUCGCAGCGUCUGCUAGAGUUAAAACUAAAAAAUUCUAUUGACCAAAGUUCUCGGAAAAAAAUCAUGCAGAACAUAUGUGAAACAACCCCAGAACUAACACUUGAUCUAGAUGGCUCUCCGUUUUCGAAACUUGGAGAUGAAAAAUUCGAUGAAGCUUCCAUUUCCGAGAAGAGCGAAGGUCUGGAUGCCGACGACGUCAGCCGUGAAGUCAGCAAACUAGUGAAGGAGAACAACGAGUUGGAGGAGACUAAGUUCGUUUUCCUUUUGCCCCGCCUUUUUCCACUGUUAAAGCUCUGUAUUCAGGAGCGCUGA